AUGAGCACCGACAAGCAGAAUGAAACUUCAAGUGCUGUUGCCAUCAUUGGCGGCGGACCAGUGGGAUUGUACGCGGCUCUCUUACUAGGCCAAGCAGGUAUCGAGACCCAUGUGUUUGAACGCGAAUCGCAUGUGCUACAAACCCCAAGAGCAGCUGCAUACUUUCCGGUCACUCUUGACGAGUUCAAGAAGAGUGGAAUCCAUGAUGAUGUGGUGAACGCUGGGUUCAAAAACACUGUGGGGGUUUCUUGGAGAAAACCCAAGGAUGGAGGUGUGCUAGCGUUUCUAGGUGGCGGUGAUCCUGACAAAUUUGCCGUUCACCUUGGUCAACACGAGUUGUCAAACAUCAUCCUUGGUCACUUGAAAAAGUAUCCAAAUGUGACUGUUCGAUUUGGUACUACCUUUGUCGAACUAGAAGAAGAGGCAACUAAAGACCAAGUGAGGACGCACCUGCUCUAUGGACCUGAUGGUACGCCACAAUCACACGUUUCCCGAUUUGUGGUGGCAGCCGAUGGAGGGAAAAGCUCAGUCAGAAAGUUCCUCGACAUUCCCCUUGAAGGAUUCACCUGGAAAGAUUUCCGCAUUGUUGCCGCCAACAUCGAAUAUGACCUAGAAAAUGAAUCCGAUUGGGGUACGGCCAGUUACAUUGUGGAUCCAGAACUUUGGUCAGUAGUCGCAAAACUCGGCAAAGGUCCCUUCUGGCGCAUUGCGUCCUCAGAAACGCUCAUUGAUGGCGAUUCCACAGACUCUUGGAAUGAGGCAGAAGGUUUAAAAUGGAUGCAGCGAAGAUUAGCAGCCGUCUUGCCCGGGAACACUGAGAAGGCAAAGAUCAUCAAACUGUCACCAUACAGAAUUCAUCAACGAUGUGCGUCCACAUUUAGGAAAGGGAACAUUGUGCUUGCAGGAGACGCAGCCCAUCUUACGAAUCCUACAGGUGGUCUUGGUCUGACCACAGGAUUCAUGGAUGCAGCAUUACUUGUCCGGGUCCUCAAGCAAAUACUUAUCGAUGGCCAGUCCUCGGCAUUGCUUGAUUUUUAUGCCGAGACGCGUCGUAAAGUCUUCCUUGAAUAUACUAGUCCGACAGCCAUUGCUAAUCUCUUGCGACUGAAGGGAACAGACCCGGAGGUUCAGAAAGAAAGAGAAUACUACUUCGAUAGUAUCAACAAAAGGGACACAGAGUUCUUGAUAAACUUAGGGGAGUCGGAAUUGGGGGUCUCGUCAACGUGGAACGUGUGA